CAUGUUCCAUGUUCCAUGUCCACACUGCUUUAAUCAUCAAAAACAAGCGAGGUCCACUAUCUCUCUCUCUCUCUUUCUCCAUUCUCCACCCACCCUUUGGGCACUAAUCAAUUAUAAAUCUAGGUCAUACCUCCCAAGUCUGAACCACAGCUUGGUUGUUGUCAAUGGAUAAGCAGCAAGAAGAAAACAUAUCAUCUUCUCCAGGAAGAUCAGGAGGAGGAGGAGGAGGAGGAGCAAAGAGAGAAGAUGCAGCAGCAACAGGCUCAGGAAUCAGAGCAGGGCCGCCAUGUCCGACUUUCGUGGGCAAGCAUAGAAUGGCUGCUGCUAUUUCCCAUCUCCAUACUCAAAUCAACAUUAUUCAGGAAGAGCUUAACGAGCUCGAAACAGUAGGCGAAUCCUCCUUUGUCUGCAAAGAACUUGUUGCGAGCAUUGAAUCUGUUUCUGAUCCCCUACUUCCAUGGAGUAAAGGAGCACCUGAAGCGGGCUGGGAUAGGUGGUUCAGAGGAGCACACAAUACCAGAAAUAACAAUCGCUGGAUCUAAGAAUGGCCAAACCAAUCUCUCUACCAAAUAUGUCUUCUUGUUUUUGGUACAUUUUGCAUUACCUUGAUCAUAAUGUUUUGAACAACAAGUCGGGAAGAAUGUAUUGGGAUACAAAACAGCAAAUAUAAAUUCGGGGAAGUUUUCCCUAUGAACGAGGCUAUUUAGAUC